AUGACACCUGAAGAGUUUAAUAGUGGAAUCUUUCUCCUAACCGAAAGGGGACCUUCAAUUUUUCCUCAAGAAUCUGAUUCUGAUUCUCAUGACCUAGCACAAAUCUUUAAAGAUAAAAGUAUACAGCCUACUGUAGAAAAUGUAUAUUGGUUUGUUACAAAAUCCAAGGUUAAAAAAAGUCUUGGUGACUUUGAUGAUUCUAUUGUUACCCGAUAUGGCGAACUUUUGUGGUUCACAAUUCCUGACAAGGAGCAAGGUAAAAUCAAAGAGCAAUACCAAAAUAUUGCAGAUGAAGUUAUUAAGAUAUUGACACCAUGUUCACCAGAGCCUACAACGCUUCCAGUAACUUCAACUGACCAACAGUAUGAAGACGUAUUUAAUGGAGGGACUAGUUAUUUUUCUCAAACAAGUCAUAACGAGCAAAGUUUAGAUUCUAACGAUCAGAAGUUAGUUUUAUUGGCUGUUAAAAUACCCGGAAAAAUGUCUAUCAUGCCCGGACAGAGUAUUGGUAGGGAUGUUAAACCGGUUAGAUUUUACUAA